AUGGCAACGGAAGACAGGGAGAAGAUGGAAAGCCGGGGAGCAGGAGAGAGCUGUCCCCAUUUCCCCAAGCCGCUGCAAGGAGAACCCGUGCCUGAAGGGAAGCCAAGGGCCUCUGACCCACGGGAGGCCGAGUCCCUGAAGCCCGGCUCCUCCUAUGACCACCUGGAGGAGAUGGAAAUUUGCGAGGACGGAGGCUGCCCAGGGCAGCCCAAGGCUGGCCCCACCACCAAAGGCCAGGCGGGCGAUGGACCUGAAGCAGUGGAGCUGGCCCCUGUCCCUGCCCCUGCCCCAGGGGUGGAGUCCAAGGCCGAGGUAGAGCUGGAGAAGAUGCGCAUGGAGUUUGAGCUGACACGGCUCAAGUACCUGCACGCAGAGAAUGAACGGCAGCGACAGCAUCAGCAGGCCAUGGAGAGGCUGCAGCAGCAGGUGGCCGUGCGUCAGUUCCAGGGAGGCCUCCAGGACCUCCUCCUCCCUCAGAACCAGUUUGUCAUGUUCCUGUACUGCUUCAUCUUUAUUCAUACAAUCUAUGUCACCAAGGAGAUGGUCUUCUUUCUCUUCUCCAAGCACUACCUGUUCUGUAUUGCCGCCAUCUUGCUCUGUUUGAUUAAAACGCUGUGGUCCUACUUCCAGCUAUCUUUGUUUUCUCUACCCUGGGAACCACCAUGCCAGUGGUAUUGGGCCUCAACCCCCGUCGUCGUCAACAUGGCUACCUUAACACCAACUCGGCAGCGCCAGGUGCAAACCGCCCUUUAUACGCUUUCCAAGAAGCCCCACCCAGCCGCUGUGUGCUUACGUCUCAUUGGUCAGACAAGGUCAGGUGGCUACUCCCUGGUGCAGAGCAUCUCAGGUGUUAGGUUUUACCCAGACUCUGUGGCAGCCUUGAAGAAAAUCAAGAUUCUGCUGGUCGGUGGGAGGAGGGGAGGGCAGCGAGUAGAGGGGAUAAAGGAACAAAUAACCGUGCUCACCACCCCCCAUGUUGAAAGCUCCUUCCCCAGCUGCAGGCCUGAAUGCUGA